AAUGCAACUCGUGCUUGUCAACAUGGAAAGAAGAAAUGGUAGAUUUUAUGUGAUAUUAUGCCUAAUUGCAGCUUUCUCCUUCACUGUAGCACAGGACGCAAGCUGGGAGCAGACCCCACGGCCUGAUGAAGUUUGGACUACCCUAAGGCCUUCAAUGCAGCACGCCCGGCCUUCUGACUUCUGGAGACCUGCACCGACUACCCUAAGGCCUUCAAUGCAGCACGCCCGGCCUUCUGACUUCCGGAGACCUGCACCGGGCCCAGGGUCUUCGCCUGAGCCUCAAUGGAUGAGGGACGCCAAAGCUCUCUGCAUGUCUGCUCUGGGCUGCCCACCAAUGUCCACUAAGGGGUUCAGACAACCUCCUCCAUUCAUACACCCUUCCAUUGGACCUACCCCACUGGACUGGCCUCCUCACUUGACUGGAGCUAAUGGACCCAUGAUAUGGGACUCCCAAGCUCCAAUGAUGUCCACUGAGGGCCUCGGACAACCUCCUCCAUUCAAACAGCCGUCCAUUAGACCUGCCCCACACAACGGCCUGCCUCCUCACUUGAUGAAAGCUAAUGGACACAGGAUGAGGGACUUCCAAGCUCCAAUGAUGUCUACUGAGGGCCUCGGACAACCUCCUCCAUUCAAACAGCCGUCCAUUAGACCUGCCCCACACAACGGCCUGCCUCCUCACUUGAUGAAAGCUAAUGGACACAGGAUGAGGGACUUCCAAGCUCCAAUGAUGUCUACUGAGGGCCUCGGACAACUUCCUCCAUUCAAACAGCCGUCCAUUAGACCUGCCCCACACAACGGCCUGCCUCCUCACUUGAUGAAAGCUAAUGGACACAGGAUGAGGGACUUCCAAGCUCAAAUGAUGUCUACUGAGGGCUUCAGAAAACCUCCUCCAUUCAAACAGCCGUCCAUUAGACCUGCCCCACACAACGGCCUACCUCCUCACUUGAUGAAAGAUAAUGGACACAGGAUGAGGGACUUCCAAGCUCCAAUGAUGUCUACUGAGGGCCUCGGACAACUUCCUCCAUUCAAACAGCCGUCCAUUAGACCUGCCCCACACAACGGCCUGCCUCCUCACUUGAUGAAAGCUAAUGGACACAGGAUGAGGGACUUCCAAGCUCAAAUGAUGUCUACUGAGGGCUUCAGAAAACCUCCUCAGGUCAAACAGCCAUCCAUUAGACCUGCCCCACACAACAGCCUGUCUCCUCUCUUGAUGAGAACAAAUGGAUCCAUGUUGCUCCGUGGACCCAUGCCUCUUGAGCCGCGGUUAACACCACUGCCUCAUGUCUCAGAUACAUCGUUCAGACCACCUGCUCCACAGUGCAGCUCUGCAGAAACAUCUUUUAUACUUAGCUUUGACAUUGGACUGAGAAUGGCAAGGAAAGACAGCUUUGCUUUGGCUGUACUCCCACAAGAGCAAUAUCUGGCUUAUGGAACAUCUCUCACCACUGUUGCAAAAGAGGAGAUUUUUGCCUUGGCAACUCUGCCAAUUCAACAGUGUCCAGUCACACCUUGUAGUGCAAUGCUGACUGACAUAUUGGUAGACCCAAUGAAUCCCACCUUGAGCUUGCCUAUAGCAACCAACUAUGGAAAGCAAGACAAGCAGCAGGCCUCCACCCACCAGAGCUCCGCUGAGCUGCAGAGUUGGAGCUUGUCCCAGCGUAGCUGCUUCCUUGGAGGGGACACUUGGGCACAGCCCGUGUGGGAGAGCAGGGAACUGGGCGGGGAUUUCACCAAGACCCUCCCCUGGAACAACGUGGACAGCAAGCUGCAGAAGUGGCCCUUCCAGGCCACCGUCACUGAGUCCUUCAACGCGCUCCUUCCCCAGGUCAUCACCCUCAGCCCAGGGACAUCUUUGUCCUUGCCUGUCUCCUUCAGGCCACCUGAGCGGUAUAAGUACCUGGACACAACUGAGUUCCAGGGCAAAGAGGACACAUUCCAGGUAUCCCUCCAGGCCACCGUACCCUGUUUCGUCCAUGAGCUUACUGAGCGAGUGCAGCUGCCCUCUUGUGCUGCCCACCACGGCGACCAGACCACCUUUACCUUCCAUGAUGCCAGUGAGUUGCGUACAGGUGCACAUUGGGAACUGGGCAUCCCGGUUCAGCUCUCUUCAGAGAGUGGAGUUCUGGCCCCAGGUAAGGAGGCUCAAGUCACGGUUCUCUUGCGCCCCCUAGAGGUGUGCGUGUACCAGUUGAAGGCCAGCUGUGCCUUUGGGGACCAGGGAGAAAAGAGCUGCUCUAUGCUCUUACUGGGCAUGUCGAUGUUCCGGAACACUUACCUAGAGACAAGCACCCCAGGGGAGAAGGAGAGCUCUAGGCUGCUGGAGUUUGGGACUGUGGCUUUUGACUGCUCCCAGGAGAAGCACUUUGAGAUAUGCAACCCCUCCCCAGUGAACUCGUCCUUCCACCUCUCUCACCUGCAGCAUCCGCCUCUGUUACAGAGUGUGUUUGAUUGCUCAGUGCACGAGGGCCUUGCGGCCCAGGGGUCGUCCCUGCAGGUGCCUGUGCGUUUCUCCCCAGUGCACAGCAGCAGUGUGGAGUACCUCAGUCGCUCGUCCCCAGUGGCCCUAAGCAAGCAGCGGAUCAAGCCCACUGGCUCCAGCAGUGUGCUUCUAUGUCGGGGGAAAGCCUCAAAUGACUUUUCCGGACCGGACUGUAGGUUCCUAUCUUUCAAAAAGGGGGAGACAAUAUAUGUGUACUAUAAACUCUCAGGACAGAGGUCGGAUGUGUGGGCAGGAAGUGUGGGUAGUCGUUUUGGCUAUUUCCCUAAGGAGCUGCUCACCAUUAACCACAUAUACACUGAAAAGGAAAUAGAAGUUUCUGCUGAGGAAACGGAUUUUGUUUGUUUUGAUUCUGGCCUGGAUAAGUUUGAAAGUUACAAUAUAGACCAGUUGUUGAGCUAUUCUGAGUCGCAAGUGGCGAGUGAGGAUGCAUCUGUUGAAUCUACUGAAAUCGAAGACACACCGACAGUAACAGAAGAAGUGGUGUCAUCUCAAGAUGACACGCCACCAGAGAGAGACCGGGGUGACAUCGUGGAGGAGGAAAGUGAGCACUUUCUGAGGGAGCCUGAUCCGGAGGAACUGUCACUGGGUCCCAGCGACACGUCUUUUUCAGAUGAUGAGGAGGCGGCCAAUACAUCUGAAACAUCUAUGGCAGAGCAGGACGAGGAAGAGAACCCAAAGGAUGAUACCGAUGUUCACUCAGAGAAUUCAGCAGAGGCUGAAAGUUCUGAUAAGGUUACAGUGCUGAAACCAGACAUAGAAAGCACUGAACAGAUAGCCAAAGCGAAAAAGGAGUUAAAUGGUAUUGUUGAUUCUUGGAGCACUGAGCAUGUACACCAAUUAUUCGAGGAUGAAAAGGAACCAAAAGAUGGUUCUCCACUUGAUCCAGAGGAUCCUAACCCCGAUGUUCCAGGUGAUGCUGAACCAUUGGACGAUGACUUGAUCUUUGAAGAAGGAGGUGAAUCCAUUUUUGGGGAAGACUCACUUGAUCAGUUGACUGAGGAGGCACCGUCUUCUCAAGAUGAUGAUAAAUUGGAAGAAGAUGAGAAAACUGCAUUCAUUCAAUCACCUAUGCAGCCCAGUGAGGCACCUUCAGAGAAUUCAACAGAGGCUAAAAGUUCUGAUCAGGAUAAGGUUACAGAGGUAAAACGAAAAAUCAUUGAACAGUUAACCAAGGCUAAAAAAGAGUUAACAGGUAUUGUUGAUUCUAGGGGCAUUAAGCAUGUACACCACCCAUCUGAAAAUGAAGCGGAACCAAAAGAUCGAUCUCUGGUUGAUGCUGAAGUCCCCAAGCCAGAUAUACCAGGAGAUGAAAAACCACUGAAUGAUGACUUGAUCUUUGAAGAAGGUGGUGAAUCCCUUUUUGGGGAAGAGGGACCAUUUUCUCAAGAUGAUGAAAUGGAAGACGAUGAGACAACUGGCCCCACUCAGUCACCUGAGCAGCCCAAGGAUGUACCUUCAGAGGGUUCAGGAGAGGCUAAAAGUUCUAAUCAAAUUACAGAGCUCAAAUAUGACAGCGAAACCACAGAGCAGAUAGCCAAGGCUAAAAAGGAAUUAACUGGUGUUGUUGAUUCUUGGGCAACUGAACCUGCACAUCACCAAUCUGAAGAUAAAAUUACAGAGCUCAAAUACGACAGCGAAACCACAGAGCAGAUAGCCAAGGCUAAAAAGGAAUUAACUGGUAUUGUUGAUUCUUGGGCAACUGAACCUGCACAUCACCAAUCUGAAGAUAAAAUUACAGAGCUCAAAUAUGACAGCGAAACCACAGAGCAGAUAGCCAAGGCUAAAAAGGAAUUAACUGGUAUUGUUGAUUCUUGGGCAACUGAACCUGCACAUCACCAAUCUGAAGAUAAAAUUACAGAGCUCAAAUAUGACAGCGAAACCAUAGAGCAGAUAGCCACGGCUAAAAAGGAAUUAACUGGUAUUGUUGAUUCUUGGGCCACUGAACCUGCACAUCUCCAAACUGAAGACAAAGAGGAACCAAAAGAUCUGGAAGAAGAUCCGUAUCAUGAAGAAUUACUUGAAGAUGAGAACGCUAUGCUGUCAAACUUUGCCGACACACAGGAGGAAGGUGAGAAAGGGGACUUGACCCGCGAGGCUGUGGAAGCUGAAGCCGUGCCAGACGCUGUGCUGUCACCACCGGCUCCCAGCCCUGUAGAGCCGGACGCCAGAACUACAGAAGUACCAUCCACUGAUGAAUCAUCAAGUAGUAGUGAUGCAGAAAACAUAACCAGUGAUGAAUCAUCAAGUAGUAUGAUUGAUGCAGAAAACAUAACUGACACUACAGAUCCUGAGAGUUCCACUACUGUUCCAAAUGAGCCAGAAUACAGUGACAGUGUUCUCAGAUUAACUCUGAUCAGGGACCACUUCAAAGACCAAGAAAUGGAACGUUUCCAGAAAUUUCUAAGUUUGAAACACUUGAUCCGGAUUGAGGCCAUGUUUCAGGAUCUCGAGCAGGAGCUGAAGUCUGUCAGGUUAUCUCCGACAGACAGCAGCGAGGACAUUGAGAGGACCCUAGAGGCUAUUCUUGAGGCUUCUGAGACCUCCAUCCUGGACGAGAUCGAAAAGAUGUUGGACAGCCGAGAACACAGAAACCAGAAGGAGAUGGAAGCUAGCAUGUUUGACGAAGAGGCUGCCAUUCUGGAUGACUUCCAGGAGCUGGCAUUCACCUUGAGACAGAAGUACUCCACAGUGAGCGACAGUGUGCCGCUGGUCGCUAAGCAUGAACCUGUCACAGAGGAAGCAGAUCUGCACGAGGUUGUGGAAGACUCUGUGAACAACUUCACUGUGACGGAACCUGAUGAACCCAAUGACAUUGGUAAAGUGGAACACCAACACACAUCAGAACCAAGCACCCAUGGCAACCUGCCUCACAGUCCAGACUUGGACAUUGAGGAGGAUGGGGGCCAUAGAAACAAAGACAGCCAGGCAAGCCCCAAGGAACCAGACGAAAUCCAGAUAGGUCCACAGGCUAUUUUGGAAAAUCCUUUGGAUGUGGAAUUUGGCGUACCAUGGGAGGUGGAACGUCCGCCCUCAGGUUCAAUUGACCGCCACGUUUCAGAUUUCCAGGAAGACGGACCUAAAAGUGAUACCAGUUCCACGUCAGUUUUUGCUGAAAUGCGGAGCACUCUACAGUUUAUUUCUCAAUAUUGGCAGUAUAUUGGACAGUAUGCCGAAAUGCUUGUAGCUACCCUGCCCGAGGAGUGGAGGCCAGGCCCAAAUUUCCACGGACUUCCCUGGGAGCCUGUACUGGUCACAGUGGCAGUGGGAAUUCUCACGCUUAUUGCGUUUUUCUGGAAGACCAUUCUUGCUGUAAGAAGCAGAAGAUACCAAAUAACAGAAAAACAACUGUCAGAAAGAAUAAAGAAAAUGUUUAAUGAAAAAUCUGAGACCGCGAUCAAAAUGGCUGAAUUGAAAAAGCAGGCAAUAGAAUGGGAAAAACGUCUAAAGGAUUCUGAAAAAUCCCAAAAAUCAUUACUGCAGGAAAAUAAAGAGUUAAAGAAAAUGUUGAAAGAAGUGAAUGAAAAACAAAAAGUCUUGACAGAGAAAAUGAAGACGCAGGACCAGACGCUGGAUGCUGAGCAAAGGAGGAUGCAGGGCAUGAAGGACACGCUUUCAAAGUCCAACCAGACAGUGGAGUCACUGCAGCAGGGCAUCACGUCGUACCAGAAAGAGCUGGCAAAGGUCCAGAUUCUCAUGGAUGAGUCAAAGCUCCGAGAGGAUGCCUUGAAAGCAGAGAUGAAGGCCUCUGAGAAAGAAAAUAACAAAUUAAAAGAGCUGAAGAACUCUCUGCAACGGGACCUCAAGGAAUGGGAAGAGAAGCACAAAGACCUGAAUGAGAAGAUCAGGGUCUUCCAGAGAACCCAGAAAGAGCUGGAAGAUGCUCUGGCACAUAAGGAAAACGAGAUUGAUAUUAUGACUGACUGUAUUGCUGAGCUGAGAUCUCUGGAGGCUCUCGAGGCUGACGAUUCUCAUGGUGACAAGGGUUUGGCGAAUGGCGAUACCACCGCUGCCAAGAGGAAUGAGACAAUGAGGGCUCAUAUCAAACAGAUGAUGGAUGUCUCAAGGGUCAAAGCCACUCUCUCUGUUAUUGAGGAUGAGCGAAACCGCUUCAUGGCUAAGCUGCUCGAGGAAGAGAAGAUCAGGCAGAAUCUUGAGGAACAAGUCCAGAAGCUUGAACACGACCGUUCUGAGCUGGAGAGUGACAAGAGCCAGCUGGAGAACCAGCACAAGACCCUGGAGCAGAAGCUCGAGAUCAUGAGUGAGAUGUACCAGCAGAAGGAGAGCGCUUUGCACCAGAAGUUGACUCGGGAGGAGCUCGACAGGAAGGAGAAGGAGAGCAAGCUGUCCGAGGUCGACAAAAAGACUCUCAAAGCAGCAGAGGAAGUGGAGAUCCACAAGCGACGCAUUCAGGAGAUUGAGGAGGAGAUGGAGAAAACGGAGCGGUUCAACAAGAAUCUGAUUGCCUCACUCGAGAAGAAGUCCCAUGACAACUGGUUGGCCGCUCGAGCAGCUGAACGAGCUCUGACUGAGGAGAAACGUGAGUCGGCUCGCCUCCGCCAGAGUCUGCAAGUUACGGAGGAGAAGAUCCAUGAGAAGUACAGGAGCCUACCAAAGCCCGCCUCUGUCCAUGCUGAUCACGCGCUGAGGAGAGGAGGAGACUCGUACGGGCCCUCUCCCGUAAGUGGGGGUGCCCCCUCCCCCCCUCCAAUGAUCGAUGGCCCCGGCCGCCCCCCCUCCGCCCCAGUGGGACGACGGAGCGAGCCUCUAGGACCUCGACCCCCCUCUGAUCCUCACGGACGUUAUGCCGACCACGGCUACGCGCCGCCUCCUCGACAUGACAUGUAUGCUCCACGCACCUCGUCUCCGACUGAUGGAUCGCAAACAGCCCCAGUGCCAGUAGAGGCUGAGGCCGAGGCCUCCACAGAGACACCCGAUGCAAUCUCCAGGUCUCAGGGCCCAGGGUCCUUGCUUGUGUCUCCGAUAAGGGACUCCCCUGGUCCCAUCAUGCCUCCAAAGGGCCAUGGGCCACCUCCUCCAGGCGGACGCCCUCCCAUGGGGCCUGCCCCACCCAACGGCUUGCCUCCUCCUAUGAUGAGACCCAAUGGGCAUCCACCCAUGAAGUCCCCUGCACCCAUGGGUCAUGAACCACGCUUCGGACCACCACCACAUCUUUCGGAUCCACAUUUCGGACCACCUGGUUAUGGACCCAGACCUGGUCCCAUGUCUGGACCUCCCUACGGACCUCUUCCUCCACCUUUCAUGCGAGGCCCUACUCCACCGAUGCGCGACUAUCCACCCAUGGGACCUGCUUAUGGACCAGACUACCCCUACCCACCACGCCACCCAUCGCCCGGAGCCAUGUUGCCCCCACCCGGAGCCAUGCCUCCUGGUGCAAUGCCGCAUCCCGGCAUGAUGCCGCCGCUGCCUCCACACGGCGAGCGGGACUUCCGCGGCCCUCCCCCGGGCCAUGGCUACGUUCCUCCUGAGAUCAGGAACAGCCAGGGAGAUGUUCGCUUGGACAGCAGUGCUAAAACGGACAACUUCUCCCAGCAGGCUCCUGGCCAGCAGGAUUCCGCCUCUAUGGUUCUCGACCCUUGACCGGCCCUUGACCACGAGCCAGCAGCCCCAUCGCUGCUGGAUUUGAAAGUCUAGUUUCAGAACAGACUUAAGCAUACCACAAAACCCCAUAAAAAUUACUUACUUAAUUAAAGCAUCAUGAAAAGGCAGAUCUAGCUCUGUGGUUUUGGAUUUCUAAAACUUGCAACACUCUGGAUGAUGGCACGAAUGGACAGCUACUUCAGUGUGGCCUAUUGUGCAAUAACACAUUUUUAAAUGUAUGCCUAUGUUUUCUUUUCUUUUGAGGUUUUAAGGACAUAGGACACAUUGAAAGUAAGUGAGUUUUUUUUCUUUUGUUUUUUUGUUUUCUUUUCUUUUUCACAAAUAUGGUUUCCUGUGGAAAUGCUUAGAUAUUACAGGGACAAAAAGACUAUUCGAUCCAGGCUGUACUUUAUGCAUCGUCCACUUGGCCCAGCCUCAAGCUUAAACGUGAAAAACUUCAAGGUGCCCUGUGUAGAUCUGGUGGUGAUGAAAUGCAAGUUUUGAUAUGUCCAUUGAUUUCUAAGUUAUAAAGUAAUGCGAGGUACCACACACAAUCCUCUGUUUAUGUAGACAUAGUCUGUUUUUAAUAUAAAGUUUAAUUCAAACCGGCAUUUUCUGCUCCAAUCAAAGUGCAAAUUCAAAACAGUAUAUACAUGUUUGCAUCUGCAAUGUUGAUUUAAUGGCCAGCUUAUGUUCGUUUUAGAUUUUUGUUGUGUUGAGAUUUUAUAAUGCUCCUGUCAUUUCUUUCCGAAGAGAGAAGACCAACAUGCUGUCAUAUUGACAAAUACCUGUAUAUUGCCUUGACUGUAGAUGUAUAUAAAAUUAUUCAAAUCACCUGUGCAAACACAUUUGCUCUAUUGUUCUUUCACAUAAUCAGCCGAGGAAACAAACGUCUUGUGUUACUGCUUCAUCAAAUGUGCAGCAACUCAGGUACACAGUCAGCAAGUGUUGGUAGUUUUACUGAUCUGGAGGUGGCUGUGCCCACGUGGGUAAUACAGAAGCAUUUCAGCAUGCGAGUUAUUUCUUUGGAGUGUGCUGAGUGGGGGUGUUUUUAUAGAACAGAUUUUUGUACAUUAAAAUAUAGCAACUGGAGCCUUCACAGGUUGUUAUCUUUUUGGUAAUUCAGGAAUAAGGGAAACUAAGAAUAAUGUAUUUUUUUUUUACCUUUAAAUAAAGACGGAACAUUUCAAAUGCA